AAGACAGAAAACCGACAGAGUUACAAAUUAAUGAACAGCUACGAGACAGGAGAAUCACAAAACUGAUUUCUGCCUGAUCUGUUUAAAUGUUUAUUUCAGUUAUAGAGAUUCUACCAAACAGCAUUAAAACAUCAACGAGAGAAUCAGGAUCCAGACAAACAAAAUCAGCCGUUUGUGACUCAAAAUCGGAAUGAAAAAGCAACUGAUAUUAAGUCUCAUCCAGUUCCUGGUGUUUAUAAAAGCAGAAUUAGAUUCUUGGCAAUAUCUAAACAAGGGAGGUAAGGCCAAACUCAUUGCAGCCAACACCAAAGCGUUGUAUACGAUUACAAAAGAUGACGCUCUGCACGUUUUGGAACUUGAGUCCGACCCUGCUGGCAUCGGGACAGGAUUACAGGAUGUGAAGGUAAAUGAAGAAAAUGGCUUGGUUGUGGUAGGUCUGAAUGAAAAGAUGUUUGUCCGUAUUGGAAUAACAUCAGCGAAUCCACAAGGCGAUUCGUGGAUCCAAAUGGAUGGUUCGGGGCUUGGCGCUGCAUUUGGGCGUUCAGGAUUGCUCUUUCAUUAUAACAGUGAAGGAGGAUCUUAUAUUCGGACCGGAAUAACCUCUAGUCAAAUAGCAGGAACAGGUUGGCAGUUUCUAGCGCCAGAUGUUUCUAAGAUGACAUGCAGCACAAGAGUUUGUUUCACAGUUUUCCCUGACAAAAGUCUGUUUACUUCGGGAAUUAUUCCAAGCGGGUACUCUCCAACGCUGUCCAGACCAUUAAAAUGGCAGAAAAUUCGAAACGGAGUUGCAGGAUUAGCAGCCUCAGACACAAACACUCUAUGGGUAAUUGACGAGCAGGGCGAUGCUUGGAAAGCAGAAAACGUUUAUGACAAUGACAUGGUCAAACUGAAGUGGGCAAGGCAUUACUACAACCAGGUAAAGCUGAAGCACCUUGCUGUUACUAAAAAAAUCCAGUUUGCCAUUGAUUUAAACGACGACAUCAGAGUAGGAACAGGGUGCCCGAUAUUUGAUUUUGAGGAAGAUGACAUAUCCAAAUGGACCCAAACAGGCACUGCCUUUCUAAACCAGCCGGUUGUUAGUCAGCGUCAAGAUGGAAUUCUGACGGGCAAAGUCGGCGACAGACUCAUAGAUACCUACUUCUCUCGCAAAAACGACAGCAUUCCAGAAAGUGUCCCCGAAGCAACUGCUGGCUUCUUGCCUACGGGAACUCUGACGUCACCUGAAUUCGAAAUACGUACUGGCGUCAUUCACUUUUUGGUUGGUGGCGGUGAUCGUCCUGCUAACUAUGCUGCGCUUUUUGUAGAUGGGGUGGAAAUAAUGACUGCCUCUGGGGCAAAUAAGCUUAACAAUGGUCCAAAUGGCUCAGUUCAUGCAGCAAGAUACUGGUGGGACGUCACGCCAUACGAACAUAAAUGCGCGCAGAUAAAACUUGUUGAUGAAGGAACAGCCACGAGAACGAUUUUCGAUGACGUCAGAACUGCGCCGCCUUGCCACAAAAACAUGGAUGUCACACUUUUAAAUCUGGACCACGACGGGACAGGAACGGUGGGAAACCGCAUGAAGUUCCAAAUACAGCUGAGAGGGUUCUAUACUUCUAAAAAACGCCCUUUAUCAAUUUCUAUAAAUUUUCCAGUAGCUAAUGGGUCCUCGUUCCUCUAUAUCCGAAGUACUAAAGUAAGUAUGAAGUGCGGGGGCAGUGUAGAAACGUCAGCGGUGAAGAAUUCCACGAACCUUUUUUCUAAGCGUUGGCACACUGUAACACUGAAUUUCGGAAACUAUUUGCUUUCCGACGGUGAGGUGAGAAUAACAACCCGCAUAUAUGACCACCAGAAUCUGCAGCUUGGGAUGCCGAAAAACACUACAAUGACCGUUUCUGUAAACUACAUGGACGAGUUGUUGAUGAGCAUAGACCGCCAAAUUGAGAUUAAGUGGCUAGGGAAUGAGACAGCCAACUUGGUAUGUAAUACGACAAUAGUCGGUAGUCGACAAUAUUUCGUUGGGGAGAACGUUACUUUCUCGGUACAUCUUGAUCAUGACCAUUUCACGACAAGGCGAAGAGCCUUUAGUAUAAUGCUCAGGCUCUUCCUACCACCGUACAUGUCACUGUUGAGUAUCAAUGGCACGGAAAGCGACCUGGGAGAGACAACAUUUUCACCAUCACCUUCUCAGCAUGUAGUUCAUAUCCCAGAAUUACAACUCAGAGACUCCCGCUCUCUUGUGAUUCAAAUGGGCAUAGAUGGCGACAAUAUCCUUCGGAAAAUGACAAGAAAUAUGGAGGGCCAAUUUCUUGUUGACGAAAUAUCCUAUUGCAAGAGACCAAGAUGUCUUAACGCUGAGGGCGAUGGGAUAGAAAGAACGUCUUUACAAAAGAAUCAAAAUUACAGAUUUUUGUUUUCGUACAAAAAGGAGGAGAAUUCACAUCUUAACUAUUCAAGUGUUGUUGUAAAAAAUGGGACUCUCCGUACACUCUGCGGCCAAUACACAAACAAGUGGGUAGGCCGUCGGGCAAAAUGUUACUAUGGCAACACAACAUCGAAUUCAUGGCACAGUUUCCAGAACACGAUAAGCCAGGUUUCACACUUCAAUGCGGCAAAGAAUGAGUUUUACGGAAGUGAGGUAGGUGGCGCCAAAGUCAGAAUCUUCGGUGAAGGAUACACAGAGCAUGAAGUUCUUGAAGAUUCCCAAUGGAACAACCAGUUGAUUUCUGAUGCUGAGUUUAUCAAAGAGGCAUCCGGUGUUCAUGAUAUUGGACAAGUGCAAGAGGAACAACAACAGUUGAAACACCAACUGAACUGUUGCAAGAAAGAGACUGAAAAUACGUUCACAUAAAAGUACAUUUCGCAUAAAAAAGAUUAACCAAAUAGCAAGCCUACCAAACAGGGCGAAGGAAAAACUAGAUUAUAGCUUUGGAAAGGAGAAGAGGGUGUGGGGAGCGGCUAACUUAAAUUGCUCCAAUUUUCUUUCAAAUCUUUGUUAUUCUAAGCACGGCGAAUUAAAGUAUAGUUAAGAUACCUGUUAAAGGAAUAAGAUUUUCAAGACGAUGGAACGUAACAGUUUCUUUCGGAGCAUGCAUGGUCAAAAGGACUCCUACAAUAAGUAAAGGCUUAUGGUCAUAAUGACCGACUUGAAUAAAUUUCAAACUAAACAGCAUAAAGACAUGAAGUAUUAACGUCUUGUAUCGCGCAAAAACCACUAUAAAAAUUAAUAUUGAUAUGAUUGGCUAAGUGGGGUUAAGAAUGUUACUGAUUUGUUCGUAUGGACAAUGACGACUGAUUUGAUUGGUUUGGUAGGCUUGUGAUUCGUAUAAUCAAUGAUGAUUGGCCUGAUUGGCUUGACAAUUCAUUUAGUUGGUUCGCAUAAAACAAUGACCAUUCUUGUGAAAGAUAGAACAGUAAAUUUGUUUAAUAUAAUUGCCCUAAAUAAAUUCGAUAAUGAUUUAAAAUAUAUUUCUACACUUGCACUUUAAGGAGAAUGCUAAAUGCAAUAUCUAUCUGAAAGUACAACUAAGCCUUCCAAGCUCUUUCCGAUUGUUGCUUCUUUGCUGGGGAGACGAAGAACCAAAAAUUUCAACGCAACCCCUGUCUUAAAGUCUAACAGCACGCGCAAUGUGGAUUGGGUUCGACGCGAAUGCUCUUGACUGCCACGAGGGAGUAGCUCAUUCGACAAAGGAAGUUCAAAUGUUGGGAUACUUGAGAUAGCCACUUUAUGCGAUUCUAUUUCGCACUACUUACUAAACUCUUGGAUACAGCAACGCUAUUUCAUAUCAUAUCUAUUUGAAAAUGCUUCGUUAGAGGACAGUAGUUAAGAGGGGAGUGUUUAAAAAUAUAAACAUUAGAGGACUGAAGUAAUCAAUCUUGCAUUGUGGCUCUAGAACAUGAAUUUUGCAAUACAGAAUCACAGCACGUGCCAGCUGAUAUUAUAAAAAACUGUAUAAAAUGUCA